CUUGUGGCGGAAUGCAUUCCAAAACUUUUGUACACCCUCUCUUCCUGGCCAGCUGGCCAGCUGGCUACUGGCUACUGGCUACUGGUUACUGGCUAUCGUCGUCUCCUAAUUAUGCGGCGUGGCUUGCAUCCCUUUACCGCGCGGGAGUGUCAUGCUCUCCGCCACACUGGGCGCGUCGACCUGCCUACAGUACCUGGUCUUGGACCGGGACGAUCAAGCCGGGUGCGGUGCGGGAGGCUCCCUGCGUGCAAAUUCUAUGAGGAACUUGACAACGAGUCCCGGUGCCUGUGCCCGGCACGGCAAUGUUGGUCAAGAGUGCGCGCUGCAGGAGAGAUGAGAGCGGGAGAGGCAGAGAGUAAAAGAAGAGAGAGAGAGAGAGAGAAAAAAGAAAGACAGAAG